AUGGAUCCAAUCAAGUACAUUUUUGAAAAGCCCGCUCUCACAGGGCGAAUUGCUCGAUGGCAGGUGAUGUUAUCAGAAUAUGAUAUUACAUAUGUUACUCAGAAAGCCAUCAAAGGGAGUGCCUUGGCAGAUUAUCUAGCUAAUCAUCCUGUUGAUGAUUAUAAAUCAAUGCAAUGUGAAUUCCCAGACGAAAGUAUCAUGGUUUUGUCUGAAGAAUAUGAUGAUGGAAAAUGGACCUUGUUGUUCGACGGGGCCUCAAACAUAAUGGGGCAUGGGAUUGGGGUUGUUUUAUAUCUCCAAAAAAAAAAGUUCAUACCUAUCACAGCGCGAUUGUGUUUUGAUUGUACAAAUAAUAUGGCAGAAUAUGAAGCUUGCGCCAUGGGAGUUUUGGCGGCUUUGGAAUCGAAAGCAAAAGUUCUAGAAGUAUAUGGAGAUUCAGCCCUAGUCAUUAAUCAGCUUAACCAAGAAUGGGAAACUCGAGAUAAGAAGUUAAUACCUUAUUUUACCUACAUAAAAGAAUUGUCUUUAGAAUUUGACAAAAUCACGUUUCACCAUGUCCCUCGAGAAGACAAUCAAUUGGCUGAUGCUUUGGCUACUUUAUCAUCUAUGUUCCAAAUAAAUCGAAACGAUGAAAUCCCAUCAAUUAAAAUGGAGAGUCGAGAUUACCCAGCCUACUGCCAUGUCAUGGAAGAAGAAACUGACGGAAAACCGUGGUAUCACGACAUCAAACAUUAUCUUAUAAAUAGAGAAUAUCCUCCCGGAAUAUCGGAGAAUGAGAAAAGAACUUUGAGACGGUUAUCCGCGAGCUUUUUUGUGAACGAAAAUAUUUUGUAUAAGAGGAAUCACGAUAUGGUACUCCUCAGAUGUGUUGAUGUUAAUGAGGCGAAGGAAAUUCUACAAGAUAUCCACGAUGGCUCUUAUGGGAUCCAUAUGAAUGGACACGCCAUGUCUAGAAAGAUUCUUCGAGCCGAAUAUUAUUGGCUCACCCUAGAAAAAGAUUGUUAUAAUUAUGUAAAGAAAUGUUAUAAAUGUCAAAUAUAUGCUGAUAAUAUCCACGCCCCACCAGUGCCCCUGAACACCCUUUCAGCGCCCUGGCCAUUCUCAAUGUGGGGCAUAGACGUCAUCGGAAUGAUCGAUAAGAGGAAUCACGAUAUGGUACUCCUCAGAUGUGUUGAUGUUAAUGAGGCGAAGGAAAUUCUACAAGAUAUCCACGAUGGCUCUUAUGGGAUCCAUAUGAAUGGACACGCCAUGUCUAGAAAGAUUCUUCGAGCCGAAUAUUAUUGGCUCACCCUAGAAAAAGAUUGUUAUAAUUAUGUAAAGAAGUGUUAUAAGUGUCAAAUAUAUGCUGAUAAUAUCCACGCCCCACCAGUGCCCCUGAACACACUUUCAGCGCCCUGA